AAAUGGUCUUAUGCAUCUCCUAGUAUUUAGUGGCUGCGUGCAACAUGAUAUAGAAAAUAUACAUAUAAUUAAUCACUCGUCGCACAACAUAAUUUGUAAUUGUGUCACUCGGCUGUGUGAGAAUGUGAGCUUUUGUGGUUUAAAUAACUACAAUAUACUCAUCAACUGACUUUAGCUUAAACAGGAAGUUUUCCAAAAUUAAUUUUUCUAAAGUUCCAAUUUAAACCUGGACUGGAUGUUCAUUAUUAGGACCUGGUUGGUUGAGGCUGAAAUCGUGCAGAGGUUGACGGAGUUCCUACUUGUUUAAUUGGCUGCCAAUUUGAAAUAUUACAAGCAUAUCAAUAGAAGCUCAACUGGUGGAACAGUAACUCAAACAAGGCGAUAAGAAAGCACAAGCUCAAAUAUAUACCGUUCCUGAUAACAGUGAUAAUUAUAUCUUAUGCAAAUUGCACCGCUUUUUGCUUAAUUAACUUUGGAAUACUCAAUUAAAUUCGAAAACAUGGGAAACCUGUUGCGUCUUUUGUCAAGAGAAGAUUGCUGUUCUCCUCAAAAAUACGACGUCUUCCUGGACUUUGAAAAUGCUCAACCCACUGAGUUGGAACGAGAAGUAUUCGACGAGGGUCAAGUCGUCUUAGAGAGGGCUCACAGGAUUUUGCAAGAUCUACAAGAGUACAAAGGUGCAUCGCAAGAGAUACGUAAAGCCAUCGGGACACCUGAUACAGAGUCAGAGAAGCAGGCGUGGGAGGCUGUGCUUCCUCUUGUGACUAAAUUGAAGGAGUUUUACUUGUUCUCAAAAGAAUUGGAGAAAUUGGUUCCAAAGAUUCUCAUCGAAAUCUGCGCAGGACCAAUGACCCCAACCCAGCAUUUAGAGAACCAACAAGCUUUAGUUAAACAGUUUGCCGAGAUACUUGAGUUUACCCUAAAAUUUGAUGAAUACAAGAUGACAACCCCCGCUAUUCAGAAUGAUCUUAGUUAUUAUCGCCGGGCAUUGUCCAGACACCGGAUUGAUGACUCACCAACCAGCCCUGGCGGUCCAUUUUCUCCUCUUAUGGCAACGGCGGAGGAUAUGCCCGUCAGUUCUGAACUUGCCAAUUGUAUGUCUCUAUUCUACGCCACUCCUACACCGAUGCUCUGCAUUCUUAGCGAAGUUACCUCUAAAUUUGUAACCCAACACAAAGAAAUUGAUGUUCAGCAAACCACCGAAACUCUUGGCACCAUGGCACAAGUAUGCCAGCGCAUGCUUGAAACUCCUGGACUUAUCCAGCGUUAUCGAAGAGAAGAAACUCAGUCAUUUAUUUUAAGAGUUAUGGUGGGAUUAGUGAUUUUGUAUGAUCAUGUCCAUCCAGUGGGAGCAUUUGUGAAAGCGUCGAAUGUAGAUGUUAAAGGUUGUGUUCGAGUUCUCAAGGAACAACCAACCUCCAGAUCCGAAGGACUGCUGAACGCACUAAGAUACACUACAAAACACCUCAAUGAUGAUUCUACCCCGAAACAAAUCAAAACGUUGUUAGCUGCAUAAAAGUUUUACUCACUCUACAACAUUUCCAAGUAUCCAUUUUCAAUUAUAUUCGACCGGUUACCACUCGCCUCCGCCCACAACACUGAAGGCCAUAAGCUAUAAGCGCUAAUAAGCUACAACUAACAAUAGUACAUGAACUGCCUAAUCACCUAAUUACAAAACAAGUUGAGCCAAUUCAGGCACGAUCGUGUUCCAAAUUUUUGUUACAAGUUAUACAAGGAUUUAAUACUCUCAAUAUUACAUUUCCACAAACAAAUGGACAAACAGCUUAUCAGAAUUUGAGUGUGAGUAUUAUAUAUACUUACUUAUAUAUAUAGUAUUAGAGUCUAAGCAGAGAGUAGACGACUUUUUUGUAUUGUCUUUGUUAGUAAUAAUAACAAUAAAUAACCUGUGUAAAUGACAAAUAGUUUAUAUAUAUGUGAUGGAUGAAAUUGCUUUAUAUCGUCAACCUGCAAUGUGCUAGUUUCACACAAAGAAAGAUUGUUAUAUUUCCCAUUAAGUUAUUACAAUUAUCGUAAUAUUUAACUUUAGGAAUGAUGGAUUAGUCCCUGAUUGAAAUGUGAUGUGUAAAGUGUAAGUGAAUGUGUUUGUUGAGCAGAAAUACCUUCGAGAUGUUAUUAUUAAAAUAUGAUUUCAUUUAUUACGCUUUUUUACUCUGAGAACAAAUCUCAAAAAUUAAAACUAGUGGACACCAUUCCUUCAGCAUAAACUUUAUUAAAUGCAAUUAUUUAAUAUUAAUUUAAUUGUACUUUCGCCUACUAUUGUUAACCAGUGAACAAAUUGUUCUCUAUAUAUGUUUAAGUUCAGUCUCUUUGUUUCCCUAUAACUUGUAUAAAGACAGGUACAAGAAGUAAAUAUAUAUAUACUACAAAUCAUGGGCAAAUGACUUUGUACGUCUAUGUGAACUGAAUGUCGUCGUCGUCACAAAUAAAACACAAAAUAAUUGUAUUAAAUAUAAAUCCAUUUAUUUCUACUUUUUGCAGUCUUUACAUAUUCCAAAUGUUAUUUAUACCAGUAACGGAAAUAAAUAAAUUAUUCUGAUUGGA